CUUUAUGCACCAGAGAAAUCUACAGAAUGUAUGAACCAGCUGCGGCAACUUUAUUUCAUUCUGCAGUCCUCUAGCACUGAGCCAUGUUUGCCAAGAAACAUGAUCUCAACUUUGGUGAAUAUGGUCAGUUCCAUGGAUCGUGACAAAACAAAAGAAUGUCUUCUAUGUGAGCAGAUUUUGGCGGAGCUUUUGCCUCGGGAUGAGGGUGAUCUAGGCUCUGAUUUCUAUCCCAGCCCUGGCUAUCAAUCAUCCGAGGCCACAGCUAACUGCUUCUCUCUCUAUCUAAUACAGGGAAACAGGAAUUUUUGUUUUACUAAAAUCAUUCCGCAAGCUGUACGGUGGAUGUCUUCAGGAAAGGAAGAUUUUAAUGUACAAAGACAGGCCUUCUCUUUCCUGGUAUCACUACAGGUCCUACACAAUAAACUUCUGUCUGAGGAGACCCUGACAGAAGUAAAUAGUACAGUGAGUGAUUGGUUGAUGAAUGCCUCUCUGUAUCAACUCCCCAAUCCUUACACCAUUAACCCCUUCAAGAAAGACCAGGCCAUUGUUGUUAAUGAAGUGGAUGGAACUCCCAGCAGAAAUUUCUUUACUGUCCUCAAUAUUGGCCAGUAUUACACAAAUGACCAGUUCCUGAACAUCUACAGUUUCUCAAUGUUGUUCAAAUGGCUGUACCACUCCCACGUAACUAGUGAUGAUAACCAGGAACCAGCUAAUAAAUGUACCCAUGUGUUCCACUCGUUAGUGGAUAAAUCCAUCGAUUACUGCUUUAGAAUACUGGACCAGUGUGAGAGAAAGCCAAAAGUUGCAUCAGAUGUAGACCUCCAAAACUGUUGUUUGUUGGAGGUGGUAAAUGUACUGGACAUCAUUUGUAAGAUAGAACCGGGCCGGGUUGCUCGAGUUUUCCAGGAGGUGCGGCGAUUGUACAACAGAUUGGCAGCAGAACCAGAUAAAGCCAGACUUCUCAUUCCUGUUCUACAGUUCUUCCUUAAUCAUGGUAAAAGUGUAGAGCAUGACCCACAAGAGGCCUAUACUUUGUUUUUCCACAAGUUGCUAACACAGUGGUACCUGGACCCAGCCUUCAGUUUUGACACAGUCACCUUUAUCCGAGAUAACCUUGAAACUCUCUGCCACAACACAUCCAUACUGUCUACUUACUUCCCCAACAUCCUCAAGAUCCUGGCCUGGAAUCCCAGGACAUAUUUGACAGAUUUUGAAGACAUACUGCCAGCAUUGAUGUCUCCGUCCACAGCCACUGAAGUUUUCCAUAUGUUGUUGGAUUUGCCCUGUGUAACAGUUGCCUUAGAGGUAACCGAGCAAUGUAAGAAACGUGAGGCUCAGACUUUGUCUACUGAGACAGAACCAAUCAGCUCACUGUCUGCAUUCCAGAGCGCCCUCUACAGGCCAAUGUUUAACUUCUUCACACGAGUGGAGGGAGGACAUGGAGAUACUAUAAAUAGAUUGUCUUCCUUCCACAAUAUCCUGAGGGAUAUGAACCAGCAUCCUCGUGUGGUUGUCUGCUCUCAGAUUGUGCCUGUGUUGUUAAGGAUUUGGUUUGAUGUUGUAUUGGACGAUGCCUCACCAGAGUUUGGUUCUCAGUUAAUCCCAGUCCUACUAGAGCGGACAGCUUCAUUGUACAGCAUUCCAGGCUAUCAGGCGGAUGUCAAAAAGGUUUUGGCAGAAAACUUAGUACAUUUAUUGAAGAAACAUCCAGGAAUAAUUUUGGAUCAGGCCUCAGAAAUUAAAGACUUCCUAAUAAGUCCAAGGAAUAUUUCAGAACGAGAGGAAUUCUUUGCAAAUCUGGUUUGGUGUGUCGGUGAGUUAAGUUCAGUGAAGCAUGACAAAAGAUGUUCUGCUGAAACAAUUACAAGAUUUCUUGAUACACUUGAGGUGUUGACCUAUGAACUCUCAGGAAUGACUUCUACAGAUGAACAAUUUGCAGAUUCCUCCAAAAUAAUUUGCAUGUUAAUGUCAGCAAUAUCAAAGUUAGCUUCCAAAUGUCAAGACCUGAUUCCUCGAUCAAUUCUUCUCCUGACUAAGGUUGCUAAGCAACAUCAAGCUAGUUACUUGGAUACAGAAGUAAAGGAUGCAUUGGUUGGAAGGGCACAGGAGCUCAUCAACCUCCUUAAACUUCCAAAUUUUGCCAAUGUUGUGUUUAACCCUGAUGAUGAUAUAGAGACUGGGAGGUGGCACAGAGACAACACCAGUUUACCUGUCACCCUGAGGGGAAUCCAGCAUGUACUCUCAUAGCUUAAACUGAAUAUCAACUCUA